GUAAUAACCUAAAAAUGACCAAUGUGCCAUGUGUAAAGUAUUUUAGAAGAAAUCCUUGUAAAAAAAAGAAAGAAAGUAUUUAAAAAGAAAUCCUGAAAAGGGCGACAUUCAAGUAUUUUAAUUAAAAAGAAAAAAGAAAAAAGAAAUAGUGGUGCGAUCAAGAAUGGCGUCUGCGCUUCUAUCUCCGACGCAGAGGUACGCGGCAGGAACGUUAUUCGGGUUAGCAAUUCACGAGGCGCAGAUUCAUCAGUCUCGGCCUCUUUGUGUUGGGUCAUCUCAUCAGAAUCACAUAGAAGACGACGAUGACCAGCGAAUUAGCACCGGAAGUAGCACUACCAGCAGUGCUGAUUCUGUCUCCGAAGAUCCUCAUCUCUGGGUUCAUCCCGAUUCCGCUCUUCUUCGCCCCAUUCUCCAGUUUCUGGAGAUUGAUUCUGGAGCCUGGUCUGGGAUUGAAGAGACUGCUGGUGCUUCACAUUCUUCUCAUCAUGUUGGAGCGUAUCUGAGACUGCUUUCAGAAGAAAGCGAGGAAAGUUCCUCCGAAAUAAAGGAUCAAGAGCUUGCUUUGGCAAAAGGUGUUGAUUGUAUGAAGGCUAGCAUGGAAGCUUCUUCCGAUUUUGAAAAUAAGAGAGAUAAGCAACGUGAGUAUGCACAGGAUCGCCGAGAAAAGUGCUCUGUCCCUGAGGUGCCAGAGACACCAUCAACCACUGAUGAGAUAGAGGUCAUCCAGUCUAUACAGGAAAGAACUAUUGCAACUGUUCCUGAGCAACUUCCCACUCAAGGAUCUGAAUAUAAAUUCAAAGAGGAGCCAGCGGAGGAGGAGCGAAUACUUGGCUAUGAGAGGAAAAUAACAGUUCUAUAUCAACUUCUUUCAGCAAGCCUUGCAACUAUGUCAGAAAAUAGCAAAAACUCUAAGCAAAGAAAGGGCUAUGAUGCUCGACAUCGUGUUGCAUUACGAUUACUUGCAACUUGGCUUGAUGUCAAGUGGGCAAAAGUGGAGGCAAUGGAGACUAUGAUUGCUUGCUCUGUUAUGGCUUUAGUAAAGGAGGAAGAAUUAAAAAGAGGAGAAAAUGGUUCAGAAAAGAGUACAUGGGCUAAAUGGAAGCGUGGGGGCAUCAUUGGAGCUGCUGCUGUAACUGGGGGAGCCUUACUGGCCAUCACAGGAGGGCUAGCUGCCCCUGCAAUUGCUGCUGGGUUUAGUGCUCUGGCCCCUACUCUGGGGACCAUUAUUCCUGUGAUUGGAGCUGGUGGUUUUGCAGCUGCAGCUAGUGUUGCCGGUUCUGUUGCUGGCUCUGUUGCCAUUGCUGCCUCAUUUGGAGCGGCUGGAGCUGGCCUCAGUGGUACCAAGAUGGCUAGGAGGAUUGGAGAUAUUGAUGAGUUUGAGUUCAAAGCUGUAGGAGAAAACCACGGGCAAGGACGACUAGCAGUCGGGAUUUUGGUUUCAGGAUUUGUCUUCGAUGAGGAAGACUUUAUAAUGCCCUGGGAAGGACUAACUAAUAACCUAGAAAGGUAUGUGCUGGUAUGGGAGUCAAAGCAUCUAAUUGCUGUCAGUACUGCAAUACAAGAUUGGCUCACAUCAAGUAUUGCUUUGGGGUUGAUGAAGCAAGGGGCCAUGUUGACAGUACUAAGCACACUUCUUACUGCGUUAGCUUGGCCAGCUACCUUACUUGCACUUACCGAUUUUAUAGACAGCAAGUGGACAAUUGCUGUGGACAGAUCGGACAAAGCUGGAAAGCUACUUGCUGAAGUUCUAUUGAAAGGGUUGCAAGGGAACAGGCCUGUGACACUUGUAGGUUACUCAUUAGGAGCUAGGGUAAUUUUCAGGUGCCUCCAACAUUUGUCUAAAACAGAACAUCAAGCUAAUCUUGUCGAAAGAGUUGUUCUUCUUGGGGCACCCAUUCCAAUCAAAGAUGAAAAUUGGGAAGCUGUUCGAAAGGUUGUUGCUGGAAGAUUUAUCAAUGUUUAUUCCCAGAAUGACUGGAUGCUGGGUGUUGCCUUCCGUGCUAGCCUUCUCUCUAAGGGUUUAGCUGGAAUCCAAGCGGUUGAUAUUCCGGGUAUUGAGAAUGUGGAUGCAACUGAUACCAUUGAAGGUCAUUCAUCCUAUUUGUGGGCAACACAAGAGAUUUUGGACCAACUUGAGCUGGAUACAUAUUUUCCAGUUUUCAGAAGCUCAGCUACUAAAAAUUAGAGUAUCAUACUUCAAGCUAACUCUUAAUACUCAACUUUCUUGCCCUUGGUUAAUAUUUUUUUUAUCAGCAACACCAGGCUGUUUACUUCUGAACAGUGAUGGUAAAGUUUGGCUUCUUCUAUUGUUGUAUAGUCUCAUAGAUGCAUGGAAGAAUGCUGUUGUAACAAAUAAUCAAUAAAAAUAAAGGAAGACCAUUGUUAUAUACGGGGUAUCUUGGAUCCUAUUUGUUUCAA